AAGUGAUAGAGAGGAGGACUCUGGGAAGCAGGGACAUCUGGGAAAGGAAGAGAGAGGGGCUGCAGACCUAGAAGGCAGAUAAGAAGGUAGAGAGAGAAGACAGGAGGGUUUGCCAAGCAGAGGAAGAGAAAGGGUCACAAGAAGCAGACUGAAGUGGGAAGAGGAUUCUCCAGAGUGAGGGAGCUGGGCAGAGAUGAAGCUACAGGUGUCUCUGGCCUGCCUCCUGCUGGCCCUGUGUCUGGGCAGUGGGGCAGCUGGUCCACUGCAGGGUUCUGGGGCAGGAGCUGGACAAGGCUUGGGAGAUGCCAUUACCAAUGGAGUUGGGAAGGCCAUUGGUGAAGGAGCUAAAGAGGCAGUCAGCUCUGGAAUCCAGGAUGCCAUUGGCAAAGGGGACAGCGGAGAAGCCAGCUCUGCAUUUAGGGCCAGAGGAGAUGCACUCAGCAAUAGGCUGGGGGAAGCAGCCCAUGCUCUUGAAAACACAGGAAAUGAAGCUGGCAAACAGGCUGAGAAAAUCAUUCGACAUGAAAUGGAUGUUGCCCGCAACCCCACUUCUUGGGGAACAUCUGGAGGGCACGGCAUGUUUGGCCCUUAUGGUAGUCAUGGAGGCCAGGGCCAGGGAAAUUUUGGAAGUCUAGGAUCUCUCUCAGGUCAUGGAAAUCCUGGAGGCUCAGAAAGCAGCUUUGAAACCAAUUCCCUGGGAGGUUCCACAGGGCAGGGAGGCAAUGGAUGGUACUCUAACUUGGAGACCAGUUCUCAGCGAUUUUCAGCCCAGCCUGGCUACAGUACAGGGGGAGGCAGCAGCCAAAAUUCAGGGUGCACCAAUGCCCCACCUACUACCUCCAGUGGAAGCCCUGACCCCACCACGGAAAGCAGCAGCCAGGGGAGUGGCAGUGGCAGCAGUGGUGGCCAUGGCGGCAGCAGUGGUGGCCAUGGUGGCAACAGUGGCAGCAGUUCUGGGUCUAACCGUGACACAGAAACUUCUAGGGAUUUUGAUGAAAGCUUUUCAGUCUCCAAGGACACUGGUUCAGAUACAGGGAGCAGACAUACAGGUGGUGGUGGAAACAAACCUGAGUGUGACAACCCAGGAAAUGAAGUCCGCGUGGCUGGAGGGGCUAGGAAUGAGGAAACCAGAGAGAGCAGUGAACUUGGGAGUUUCCAUGGUAACUCUCAGAGACAAAGACUUGGUGAGGAUGGUAAAGAAAAUGAAGCAGUCAGUGAGCUCAACUCCGUGAACUCUGACACCUCUCCUGGAGUCUUCAGUUUUGACAAUUUCUGGAAGACUCUUAAAUCCAAGCUGGGUUUUAUUAACUGGGAUGCCUUAAACAAGGGCCAAGUCCUGUACCCUAGCACCCGGUUACGCCUCUACUUGCGAAGAUUAUGGGAUGAUUUCAAACGAAGAACUCCUUUCUUCAACUGGAAAGAAAUCACUGAGGAUGUAGAAAUGCCAUUCAUUCAGAAGAGGACCCGCGACGCCGAUCAGAAAAACCAGCAAGUAUAUCCCACUGCAUCCAGCGGGAAGCAGUCACUGAGGAGCACCCCCAAGGGAGCAGCUACAGCUUCAUCCUCGGCUUCCCGUAUGCAACCCAGUUUGCUGCACUGGCUGAAGUUCUGGUAGAAAAUUAUUUCUGGUCACUGUUGAGACCUCACGAACACCAGUCUUCAAAGGGCCCAGCCUCACUUCCUCAGCCUUUGCAGCUGUGCCACAUGUGCUGGGGUGGGGACCUGGUUCAUCUGCUUCUUACCUCUUCCCACUCUGCUGUGGUGUCGUGGUGACGACCAGCUUAAAGGAACAAGCAGCCACUGUCUCUGCCUACUUUAUUUUUUGACCUGACAUUUUUCCAGAAACAAACCUCACACGUUUGAGUUUCUCUGUGGAAAUAAAACACGAAUCUUGGUUCCCAAAA